UCAUACUCACUGGGACUGUGUUAUCAGACGUUUAAAGUACGCAGCCACCAUCAAAAUCAGCUGAGCAAACUGUCAAACACUGCCAGUCAAAACUUUCAGGCAAAACAACAUUAGUGAAGUUACGUAAAAUUGCCUUUUCCUUAGCUCCAGCCAAAAAUGAGUCUAAUAAAGGCAAACUAUUAUGACAGCCCCGAAGGCGUCAACCUGCAGGAGAAGAUGGUGGCCACCAACAAAUAUGCCCUGGCUGCCGGUCUCGGUUGGUCCUCGAUCGAAGUGCUGAUGAUUUCCAAACCGAAAGGGGUGAUGCCAUCGCUAGCUCGUUACGUCUACUUCACUGGUCCGUUCAUGGGGAUGGCUUCGGCGUUCACUGUUGGAGCCUACGCUUCCACAAAAUUGCGCGGAAAGGAUGACACGUGGAACUAUGUAGUCGGUGCUUUUGCUUCCGGUGGUGUGUACGGUGCCUGGAAGCGCAACGUCGUUACCGGUCUGGUUGCUGGGCUAUUCUUCAGCAUUGCAGGUCUCGUGAAGAAGCACUCGAUCGACAACAAUUAUGAGUUAUUCCCCGAAAUCAAAAACCACGCCACCAGCGGUCUCAAUCCUAAUAGGUACGAUUUCACCUUGACCCAGGAACGCGAACGAGGCUGGACUACCGGUAAGUAAGGGUGCAUAUGGACUUUGUGCUCGUGAAUUAAAGCAAGAUGUUUAGAAAUAUACGGUUGUACAAAGGUA